GGGGGUCGCUAUAUAAAGCCAGAGGACCAACCACUGGCUACCACAGUUCCUCUCAGAUCGUCAGCUACACCGUCCACCGUCUCUCUCAAGUCAUGUUCAAGGUAGCGUGUGUCGUGGUGAGUGUGGUGAUGGGUGUGGUGAUGGGCACUCCUAUCCCUGAUGGUCCUCCUGUGUAUGGUGGUCUCGUGUCCUACCCCGCUCCUCAGCCCGUCUACACCGAUAACCAACUUUAUAAACCAGAACCAAAGCCGUACGCCUUCGACUACGGGGUUCAGGACUCGUAUUCCGGCGCCAACUUCGGCCACUCCGAGAACUCUGACGGCAAUGCAGUGAAGGGGUCCUACACAGUGGCUCUCCCUGACGGUCGCAUCCAGACGGUGACCUACGUGGCCGACCACAACAACGGCUUCCAGGCUCAGGUCUCCUACGAGGGCCAGGCAGUGUACCCAGAACACAACCCCUCCCCGUACAGCCAGCCUGGUCCCUCUGUGUAUCAGCCUGGCCCAUCUCCUUACGCGUAACUCCCCCCACACCAUCUACCCCUUCGUCAAACUACGUUAAAUCCUCUCCAUAUGCCUAAGGACCCCUGCCCUGACACCAAACCACAGCGCGAUUCCUUCCUACGCACGUAACCUCUCCACGUCAAACCACGCCUGAUGCUUCCCUAUACGACUAAUUCUCCUUACAGCUGCGUUAAAUUCGGCGUAUCUUUAUGCUACAGCCAUCAAGCGUUUUACCUGGAGUGGUGAGUGACAUCCACGUGUGCAGGAGUUUCUUCGUGUUGUUGGUAAAGCCUCACCCUCAUCCACGUUGUUUAUUAUUUUUGUUGCUCACCGUGUAAACCAAACUGUAUAUAACUUUUAUAUUUUGUAAACUUUGUAUUUUUAUAUCUACAGUAUGUGUAAAUGUGGGUGUGGAAGUACGUGUUUGUGUGUGGGUGCACGUGAUGGAUGCACGUGAACACACAAAAAUUUUAUUGUGUGUUCCGUGUACGACUUGACCCUCACAGUGACAAUGUUCAUUCCUCGCCCCUACAACAAUUUAGUGUAAGACCUGCCCCUCCACUGCCCAACACCCUCAUCCUACCUCAUCCCUCCCUCCCUUCACCCUAACCCUAAGGUCCACUAUCCUCCCUCUUCAACUAACCACACCCCACACCAAUCCAUCCCCAAAUCAUGAAAUCCAACACCUACUUAACCCUAUCCUCAACACGACCCACGUCAACCAGCUCCCAUAUCCCACCAAACUAUUUCCAUCCUAUAUUAACCUUUACCCAUUCCACAUCAACCCAUUCCCGUCCAUAAAAACCCACCCAACUAGCCACCUCCCGCCCAUACUAUCAACAACAUACGCCCACGAGUAGUGUUGUUGUGGGCGGGUUCCUCCAGUUAGUCAAGUCUUGGUAAUGAGGAGCUGCAGGUCCCUCGUCUGUUAUGUUCCUCUAAAAUAAAAACAAGCCUUAAGUAUA